AUGAGCUGUCUGGAUGUUAUGUACCAAGUCUAUGGUCCUCCCCAGCCUUACUUCGCAGCCGCCUACACCCCCUACCACCAGAAACUAGCCUAUUAUUCCAAAAUGCAAGAAGCCCAGGAGUGCAACGCCAGCCCCAGCAACAGCAGCGGCAGCGGCAGCUCCUUCUCCAGCCAAACUCCGGCCAGUAUAAAAGAAGAAGAAAGCAGCCCGGAGAAAGAGCGCCCACCAGAGGCGGAGUACAUCAACUCCCGCUGCGUCCUUUUCACCUAUUUCCAGGGAGACAUCAGCUCCGUUGUAGACGAGCACUUCAGCAGGGCCCUAAGCCAGCCUAGCAGCUAUUCCCCAAGCUGUUCAAGCAGCAAAGCCCCGCGGAGCUCCGGGCCCUGGCGGGACGGCUCCUACCCCAUGAGCCAGCGCAGCUUCCCCGCCUCCUUCUGGAACAGCGCUUACCAGACGCCGGUGCCCGCGCCGCUGGGCAGCCCUCUGGCCGCCGCGCACUCGGAGCUGCCCUUCGCCGCCGCCGCCGCCGCCGACCCCUACUCACCGGCCGCGCUGCACGGCCACCUGCACCAGGGCGCGGCUGAGCCCUGGCACCACGCGCACCCGCACCACGCGCACCCGCACCAUCCGUACGCGCUGGGCGGCGCCCUCGGAGCCCAGGCCGCCGCCUACCCGCGGCCCGCCGCUGUGCACGAGGUCUACGCGCCGCACUUCGACCCGCGCUACGGGCCGCUGCUGAUGCCCGCCGCCUCCGGGCGUCCGGGCCGCCUCGCGCCCGCCCCGGCCCCCGCGCCCGGCAGCCCGCCCUGCGAGCUCUCCGCCAAGGGCGAGCCGGCCAGCGCCGCGUGGGCCGCGCCCGGGGGACCCUUCGCGAGCCCCGCGGGGGACGUGCCCGGGGGUCUGGGCCUCAGCGUGGACUCAGGUUUGCAGCCUCAGGACAAAAGCAAGGAUCUGUACUGGUUUUAG